AUGGAUUACUCUAGUCACAAUACCGGGUACGAGGGUCACGAUGACGACGAGCAUGUGGACGAGGAGGAGGUGGAGGAGGAGUACGACGAGGAGGAGGACGAGGAGAGGGGUGUGCCGAACAUGCUGGCGUUUAUGCUAGGGAAUGUGAACGACGAGGGUUCGCUGGAGGAGGAGUACAUGGAUGAGGAGGCGAGGGAUCACUUAGCUGGAUUGGCGGACCAGCUCGGUCCAGCCUUGGCUGACAUGGAGUUUGAGGCGAGGUCAGGGGCCGGGCAAGCUGGUGAUGAUGAUGAUGACUACGACCGGAAAGCUGAUGACGCUGAGGACUACGAAGAUAUAGACGAGGCCUUUGAGGAGGACGAUGCAGGCGCUGGUAGCAGUGGUGCUGUUUCUGGUGCUGCUGCUGCUGGUGUUGGUGGUGGGGAUGCUGGUGGAAGUGGGUUUGAUUAUGCUGCUGGUCUGGAAGGGGUUGGUGCGGGUGAUGCAGGAGAGGAGGAGGAUUAUGACUUGGAAGAGGAGGAGAUGGAGGAUGGGGAGGAAGAGAGGGAGGAGGAAGCGGAGGAGGUAGCAGGACAGGGUGCGGGGGAAGGGGGGUUUGGGGAUGGAACCAUGGGUGCAGUUGGAGGGGGAGAGGCUGCGGUCGAGGGGGAUGAGGAGCAAGAGGAGGAAGAGGAAGAUGUGGAGGAGGGAGAAGGAGACCAGGAAGAUGAGGAGGACGAGGAGAAAGAGGAAGUGGAGGAGGAAGAGGAAGUGGAGGAGGAAGAGGAGGAAAAACAGGAGGACGUGACAGGGUUGGAGCUGGAGUUUGGGGAUAUGGGGAAUGUGGAGAUUGGGACAGAAGAGGGAAUAGAAGGGCAAGAGGAGGAAGAGGGGGAAGAGGAUGAGGAGAACGAGGAGGGUGAGGGUGAGGGUGAAGGGGAUGAAGAGAAGCAGGCGGAGGAAGAGGAUGCAGGCAUUGAUCCUGGAUUCAGAGAGGAAGGAUUCGGUGGGAUGGAACAAGACGAGCAGCAGCAGCAGCAGCAGCAGCAGCAGCGGGAAGUGAGGGAAGGAGAGGAAGAGGAGGAGGACGACGAUGAGGAUGAGGAACUUGAUGGGCUUCUAGAAGAAUUGGAGGAGGCUGGGCAGGCAGAUAGGGCAGAGGAGGAACGGGUGGGAGAGGAGGGAGGAGACGAAGGGGGUGAGGAGGAGGAGGACGGAGAAGGGGGUGCAGAAGGGCAGGGGCAAGGAGAAGAGGAAGGAAGCGAGGAGGAGGAGGAUUUGUCUUCUGAUGAAGAUGGGGGAGAGGGCGAAGAGGAGGGUGGAGAGGAAGCUGGGGAGGAUGGCAGGGAGGGGAUGGAGGAGGGAGGUGGAGGGGAGGACGAAGCUGCAUUUGCGUCUCAAGGCCAUGAAGCUGACGAUUUUGCAUGUGGGUCUUGUUUCGUAUUGGGGGUUGGGGAGGCGGCUGUGGGAGGAGCUGGAGGCGGUGAGGAAAUGGUGGGAGGAGAGUGGGAAGCUGGGGAGCCGGCAACAGGGAGUGAUAAAGGAGGGCCGGGAGAGGAAGAGGAGGGAGUGAGGGGCGAGGAGGAGGGAGGGGGUGGUGCAGGAGAAGCAGAAGGACAGGCUGGUGGCGGGAGGGAGGAUGAGGAGAUGAGAGAACAGGAGGAUGAGGCUGGAGAGGAAGGGGAAGGCGUGGAGAGGGGGGAAGAGGCUGGGGUGGAGGAGGAGCGUGGCAAGGAGGGCAGGGAUGUUGGUGAUCGCGACACAGACGAGAUGGAUUGGGCAGGGCAAGAGGAGGGGGAAGGUCUAGGGGACGAGGAGGGGCUGGAGGGAUGGAUGGGAGAGGAGGGAGAGGAGGACGGGGAGGCGGGUGGAGGGGAGGAGGGGGGGAAGCGGAGGAGUGAGCUGCCUGUGCUGUUCAAGGAAGGGGGAAAGGACGUGCUGCGCUUCUCAGACAUCUUUGGCAUCAAGGGCUCCUUCUGGUCCCUUGUCGUGCAGCGGGGGUCCCGCCCGAAGCGCCACCGUGUGCUGCCUCGGCAAGAGGAUGACGAAGUGCUUCUUCGAUCUGCACCGUCACCGAAACAAACGGCUGAGAUGAUGCGAGAGCGAGCUAUUGCUCUUGAGAAAGAGCUGCAAUAUCAAGAGAUGCUGGAGAGGGAGGAGGAAGAGGAGGAGGAAGAAGAAGAGGAGGAAGAAGAAGACGAGGAGGAGGAAGAAGAGGAGGAAGAGGAGGAGGAAGAAACAGACGAAGAGGAAGAGGUAGAAGAAGAGGAAGAAGAGGAGAAGGAAGAAGAAGAGGGAGGAAAUGCGGAGGAUGAGGAGCAAAAGGAUGGAAGAGAAUUCAGGGAAGGAGAGUCGAUUGGUGUUCAGAUGAAAGAAGAGGGGAAACCAGCAGCAAGGGAGGAGGAGAAGGAGGAGCGGUUGGAGGAAACGGAGAAUCAGGCCGUAUCUGAAAGAGCUAGGAUAGAGGAGGGUCGAGAAUGGAACAAGGAGGGAAUGGAUGAAAUGGGAGGGGAAAUUAUGAAAGAGGGAAGCGAGGGCGAGGGUGAGGGGGCAGCGGAAGAGGAGAGGGCAAGGAUUGGGGAAAAGGGGAGUGCUGGAGAGGAGGAUGAAGGGGACGGUCAGGAGCAGAGGCAUGAUGAUAUUGACGAGGGGGAGAAAGAUGGGGGUGCGGACAAGGGGAGUGGGGAAAAUGAAGAUGUGGACAAGGGAGAGAAAGAUGGGAAUAUGGACAAGGGAAGAUCUGAUGAGAAGGAUCAAGGGCUGAAGGAGGAAGGCGUGAGAGGUGAUGCUGAGGUGGCAAUGGAAGGGGAUACAGCAAGGGUUGAGGAAAAGAGGAAUGGGGGAGAGGAGGAUGAUAGGGAGAAGGGAAGGGUUGAGGAGAAUCGGGAUAGGGAAGAGGAGCCUCGGACCACUGUUGAGAUGCCUUCAAGAACUGUCGAGGGCGAGCAUAGAGGGCUAGAGGGUGGAGACUCAGAGAGAGAAACUAGGAAUGAGGGAGUGAGUGAGGGAAAGAGUGAGGGAGGGAGUGAGGGGAGGAGUGCGGGUAUGGUGGAUGUGAGGAAGGAUGAGGGGGCAGGAGGGUCGAAGGCAGGAGAAGUAAGUGCAGCAGUGAAAACGGGAGGGGAAGCAGAGGGGGAAGCAGCAGGGGAGGCAGGGGGGGAGGCAGCAGAGGAGGCAAGGGGGGAGGCAGUGGGGAAGGCAAUGGGGGGGGCAGGAGGUGGAGAAGAGCAGUUGGUUGGUGAGGAUAUCGAAAUGCAGGCAAUGGAAGUGGACCGAGGGGAGGUGGGGCAGGGUGACGUGGGGAAGGUGGGGACUGGGCAGGGUGACAGAGGGGUGGGGGAAGCGGUGGGGGCUGGAGAGCAAGAUAUGGGGGUUGGAGAGGGCACGGAGAAAGGGGUUGAAACCGGCAAGAUGGAGGUUGAGAAGUCAAGUAUUGAGACUUCUCAAAGCCUUAUUACGGCUGGAAAGGACACGGAGAGAGGGGCUGAAACUGACAAGAUGGAGGCUGAGAAACCAGAGGAGAAGGACGUUGAAGGGGUUGCAAGGACUACUGGUGGGGGCGAUGGGGGAGAGACCGCAUGCACGGAGCAAUCGGAAGGGUUAGGGAUGGAGCAGAGGGAAGGAGAGGAGCGGGAAGGGGAGGAGCGGGAAGGGGAGGAGCGGGAAGGAGAGGAGCGGGAAGGAGAGGAGCGGGAAGGGGAGGAGCGGGAAGGAGAGGAGCGGGAAGGAGAGGAGCGGGAAGGAGAGGAGCGGGAAGGGGAGGAGCGGGAAGGGGAGGAGCGGGAAGGAGAGGAGCGGGAAGGAGAGGAGCGGGAAGGGGAGGAGCGGGAAGGGGAGGAGCUAGGGGCGAAGCAGAGCCAGGGACUGCGUGGUGCUGCAGGGGCUGAAAAGACUGGUGGUGUUGGGGGUAGUGAGGGAGAAACUACACGCAUGGACCAAUCUGAAGUGUUAGGAGUGGAGCAGAGGGAAGGAGAAGGGUUUGCGGCGAAGCAGAGCCAGGGACUGCGUGGUGGUGCUGCAGGGGCUGAAAAGACUGGUGGUGUUGGGAGUAGUGAGGGAGUAACUACACGCAUGGACCAAUCUGAAGUGUUAGGAGUGGAGCAGAGGGAAGGAGAAGGGUUCGCGGCGAAGCAGAGCCAGGGGUUGCGCGGUGCUGCAGGAGAAGCUGUUUUGGGGGCGCGUCAACUGGGGCCUGAGGGGGUGGGACUGAGGGAAGGAGAGGAGGGAGCGGUAGAGAGGAAAAAAGAGGACUCACAAGUUGUGGAGGGGUUGGAUGGUGCGGUAAAAGGGUUGGAUGGUGCACAUGAGGGAUCACGAGUGGCAGUAGGGGAAGUGGAGGUUGUUAGGGAAUCUGAAGAAGAGAGUGUGGGGGGUUGUGCGGAGGGCGGCAAUGAUGGUCAAAGGGACGGCGAUCUGGGCGGCAAAGUGGAGAGCAAAGGAGAAGAGAAUGUGGCGGGGGCAGGCGAGGGUGAUAAUGAUAGUGACAGUCGGGGGAGUGGCGAUGGGCGUUUGAAUGGGCAUGGUGAUGGGCAUGUGGAUGGUCAUUCGCUUGGGGAUGGGGAUGGGCUGGGGAAGGCUGUGCCAUGUGAGAAUGGGGAAGAGAAGGAGGGUGGUAGUCAGUCUCGUGGGGAGGAAGAGGUUACAGGGAAGACAGAUGAGGAGGGUGCAGGGCGAAUGGUUACUGAGGAGAGCAGUGAGAGGGCAGGUGAGGCAAGGGAGGAAGGCGAGAAAGGAGAGAACGGAGAGGAAGGAGGGAAAGGAGAGGGGGACAGGUUUGUUGGUGACGGGGGCGAGAGUAAAAUGCAAGAGGUGGAUGAGGGUGUGGAGGGAGGAAGGGGCGAUGGAUCUGAUGCUGGUGGUGAUGCUGAUGCAGAGGAUUUGGGGGAGGAGGAGGAGGUGGGUAGGGCAGAGGGGCAAGAGCAAAGUGAAGGAGCACGAGAGAAUGAGAAGAGAGGAGAGAACGAGGGGAGAGGAGAGGAGGGGGGUGAGAAAAGCACGGUUGGAGGCGAGGAUGGGGAGGGGAAUGGUGGGAUGAAGCUUGGAGUGGAAAGGGGUGAGAAGCAGGAGGAGAUGGUUGCGGCAAGGAAUGCGAGUAGAGGUGAUGGCAAUUUGGAGGAGGAUCAAGGUAGAAAGGAUGAGACGCUACAGGUUGGUAGUGGAAGAGAUGAUGGUAAAGGGGAUGGUAAUAAAGCCGAGGGAGUGGAGGAGGAAGCGGGGGAGGGAGUGAGGGAGGGAGUGAGGGAGGGAGUGGAGGAGGGAAGAAUGGGUGAAGUAAUGGGAGAGAUGGGCCAGAAGGAGGAGGAGAAGGGAGAGCAGAAGAGUGAGAAGUUGGAGAAGGGAGAGAAGAACGAGGAGAGGGGAGGGGAGAAGGAGAAGGUUGAUAAGGGGGAGGAUAACGAGAAGAAGGGAGAGGAGGAGGAUGAGAAGGAGGAAAAUGGGGAGGAGAACGAGGAGAAAGGAGAGGAGAAGGAUGAGAAGGAGAAAGGGGACGAGGACGAGGAGAAGGGAGUGGAGAAGGAGAAAGGGGAGAAGGGGGAGGAGAACGAGGAGAAGGGAGAGGAGAAGGAGAAAGAGGAGAAGGGGGAGGAGAAGGGGGAGAAGGGAGAGGAGAAGUUGAAUGGGGAGAAGGAGGACGAAGGGAACGGUGGUGAAUUGAUGGAGGUGGACGAACAGCCUGGGGAAGAGAGAGAGGGUGGAGAGGAGGGGAUGGAACUAAUGGGGAAAGUGGAGGAGAGGAAGGUUGAGGAAGGGCGGAAAGAGGAGGGAGGGAAAGAUGAGGAAGAGAAAGUGGAGGGGGGGGAUGAUGCGAUGGAGAGGGAGAGUGGAGGGAAGCAAGGCAUUGCGGCAGGGACGGAAGGCGAAGGAGAGAAGGGGAUCCUUCCUGGAGGCGAGGGAGAGAAGGGGAUUAGCAAAGCCGGGGAAGGAGAGCAUGCUCUGGUGAGUCAAGGGCAGCAGGUGCAGGAGGGUGUGGGCGGUUCGGUGGAGGAAUUGGGGGAGUUGACGGAGUGUGUUGAGGGGUCUGAGAAGGAAAGGGAGGAGGCGAAGGGAGAGGAGGGAAAUGGAGAGGAGGGUGAGGGUAAGGAGGAUGGGACGGAUGAAGCUGCAGUUGUUGGUAGACAGGUGGGGAUGGGUGAAGAGAAGAGCAAGUCCGAGGACGGUGCUGCUGAUGCCUGUACGACAAGGGAGGGCAGUGGAGAGGGCAAAGGAGAGGGAAGUGGAGAGGGGAUUGGGGAGGGGAGUGGAGAGGGGAGUGAGAAUGAUAAAAGUGCGGAUUCUGGUGUGUGUGAGGCGAAGGAGGGUGGAGGCGUGGGAGUGGAGGGAAGAGAAGGAGGGUUGGUUGAGGAGGGAGGGAAUGGGGGAGAGGAAGGUGAGGGAGAGGAUGGAGGAGAGGUGAAGGGGAUGAGGGAGGGAAGUGGGGCUGGGAAGGAGGGAGGGAAGGAAGCGGCAGAACGGCAAGUUGUGUGCCGGCAAGAGAGAGGAGCAGGCGAGGGUUUGAAAGACGGAGAAGGAGGACAGGGGAGGGAUGGCGAAGGGGCAGGCGGGCUGGGGGAAGGAGGGUGUAGAGUGCAAGACACAAGAGGAGUGGCAAAGAUAGGGGGCGUGGAGGAAGUGGAAAGAGGAGAGGGGGAAGUGAAGGGGAUGGGACUUGAAGAAAGAAAUGAGAGAAGAGAAACAGGACGAGAAAUGGUAAUGGUGGGGGGGAGUGCUCUUGAAGAGGGAGGUGGAGAGAGGAGAGAAACAAGCCAAGAAAUCAUGGCGGUUGGCACAAAACUGGGCGAGAGAGCUGAAAGAGUAAAGCUCAACGGGGCAAAGAAAGUGCUUAAAAAGAAGAUGUGUAAAACGCGGAUGAAGAGGCGACCAAAGGGAGCAGUUCGGCAGUCUCUGUCCGGGUCAUUUUUUCAUGAGCAGGAUCCGGGGAGGAAUGAGCUGAUACAGCUGGCAGAGUCGUUUGCAGGGGUGUUUGACAGCACGCCCAGUGCUGUGUUCUCUGCCCUUAUGCAGAGCGACUGGGAGGACCAGAUUGUGUGGGGCAGCCCUGAACGCUCUGAGAGCUGGGAGGGAGAGGGUGAGGGACGGGAGAGAGGUGGAGUGGGGGUAGUGGGGCAUGAGGCAAGGGGAGAGGAGGAGGUCGAGGAGGAGGAGGAUGAGGAGGAGGAGGAGCAGAAGUUGAGGAGGAAGGGCGGUGGUGAGAGAGAAAGCGGGGAUGUGGAGGUGCAGGUGGGGAGUGGGAAGCAUGUGGAGAUGGACAUAGUGACAGGGGAUGGCAAGAGGGAAGGGAGUAGUGGAGCCGGGCUAGGAGGCAAGGAGGAAGGGACUAUUGAGAGGCUUGACCUUUCAGGGGAGGAGUCGGAAGAGGAGCUAGAAUGGGAGGAUGGGGGCACAGGGGCCUCAGGUGAAGAAAAGGGUGAAAAGAGCAGUAAGGGCGAAGGGAAGCAGGGUGGUGUGCUGGUGUCGGCACGAAAGCAGCAGCCGCCGGCAGAAUUGGUGGGGCAGUAUGGGGAUGUGCUGGUGUAUGAUGAUGGGGUGGUUCUAGAGCCCAUAGACGCUCCUGUUCUGCUGACGUUCUCCCAGGUGUUUCUACGGGCGGCAAGGCGCAAAAAGAGGCACAGGCCAAAACUGGCAUCGCCAGCCGCCAUAGGCGUUUCCUUGCCUUGCCCCGCUCGCCCUGCUCCUCCACGCAUUAUCUUUGACCUCAGCGAUCGGCGCAUGACCUUCCAGCUGGUGGGGCCGGUGGGAGAGGUCUCUGGGAGAGAAGGCACUGGCGUGGGCGGCUCUGUGCUGGGGAGGGCUUCUCUGGCGGGUGUGUCUGAGGCAGGUGCAUCUGGUGUAGGGGUUUCUGGAGCAGGUGUGGGGCCAGGUGUGGGGCCAGGUGGCGUGGUUGCAGGUGCCGGUGGGGAGAGUGGCAGGGAGGAGAUUGGAGGGAGGGUGGAGGCAGGUGGGGAGGAAGUGCCACGUGGUGCUGGGGCGACGAUUUCUUUGAUCGACCAUGCGCUGGCUAUGAUUGUGCCAGCUCAGCCGCACGUCGUGCCACAUCAGCAGCAGCAGAUGCUGACGCUCCCCACAUCAGCACCGGUAACUAACGGCGAAACAGCAUCCGCACUGUCACCAAGGCCAGCAGCCGCCGCUGCCACCAGCACCGCCGCCACCGCAGCAGCAGCAGCAGCAGCAGCAGCAGCAGCAGGAGCAGGAGCAAGUGCGUCUGAACCCAGCAGCUCCAUCGCCCCUCCACCACCCUCCCUCUCCUCCACGCUCCCAUCAGGGCACCUCCCGCUCCCAGGCGAUGCAGCAGCGGGGUGGUUGCCCCCAGAGUUUCUGGCAGAGGCAGCAGCGUGGGCAGUGGAUUUCUCGCGGGACCACCUGUACCAGAGCAGCAAGGGGGGCGUGGGGGCGGUGGGCGGGGUGGGGGGUGGAGGGAAGGCGCAUGGGAAGAAGCGCGCGAGCACGAGUGUGAAGGUGUAUCACUCGCUGCCGGCUAUCCGGCUGCAGACCAUGAAGCCACGGCUCAGCAACAAGGACCUGUCGCGCUUCCACCGCCCCCAGGCGCUGUGGUUUGCGCAUCAGAGCGAGGCGGCGGCAAGGGCGCAGGGGCGCGUGGAGGGGCAGGAGGGCAGCCUGAGGGUGAUCGUGCGGACGCUGGGCAGCAAGGCUGUGAAGCUGCACGUGGGCGCGGGGGAGAUGCUGGGUGCUUUGCGAGCUAAGACCGCCAAGAAACUGGGAGACAUGAAGGAAAGUGAAGCUGUGCGAUUUUACUCCAACGGCCAGGAGGUCACGCCUGACAAGCCGCUGGGCGAGCAAGGCGUGCGGGGGAAUGCUAUCAUCCACGUGGUGCGCCCGCGCCUGCACCCCUGGGGGCGGGCACACCUGAAGCUCCCCGGCGACAGCAAGCCCAAGCGCCCCCCCGGGGCCUUCCGGAAAAAGGCUGAUCUUUCGGUGAAGGAUGGCCACGUGGUGCUCAUGGAGUACUGCGAGGAGCGCCCUCUCCUUCUAAGCAACGUGGGCAUGGGCGCGCGCCUCGCCACCUACUACAGAAAGAUCUCGUCCGUCGAUUCCGGCGCAGCUGCGAUCCGAGACGUCCCUUUCUCCGGUUCGGUGAUGCCGCUCGAACCUGACGAGGAAUCCCCGUUCCUGGGCGACGUCAGGCCCGGCACGAGCCAGUCCAGCCUCGAGACGAACCUGUUCCGAGCCCCGGUGUUUCGGCAGCAUGUGCCUCACACGGACUACCUGCUCGUACGGUCGCCGAAAGGGAAGCUGUCUAUAAGGAGGAUAGACGGCAUGCAAGUGGUGGGGCAGCAGGAGCCACAUAUGGAAGUUAUGAAUCCCAUUUCUAAAGCUGCUGUACUCCAUAGUAGCAACCGCCUUAUGGUUGAAGUCUGUCGGACGUUUCGGGAUUAUGACAAGGAUAAGGAUGGCGGCGGGAGCGGCAGUGGGAAGGGAGCGGCGCAGGGGAAGGGUGGGAAGAAGGGGGGGCGGCGGGCGGUGGUGAACGCGCCUAAAGUAAGGGCGGAUGAUAUUGCAGCGCAGUUCCCCACGCUCACCGAGGGGCUUAUAAAGAAGCGGCUUAAAACGUGUGCGGAGCUGCAGCGGCUGGAGGGCGGGGAAAUGUGGUGGGUGAUGCGGCGAAACUUCCGGGUUCCUUCCGAGGAGGAGCUACGAAGAAUGGUAACUCCCGACUCGGUGUGCUGCCACGAAAGCAUGCUGGCAGGCCUGCACCACCUUCGGCGAAUCGGAAUCCGCCACCUCACCAACGCGUCGCCACCUCUAAGCACCGCCAUCUCCCAGCUCCUCCCGGACAACCCGAUAAAGAUGGCAGCGAGCCUGCUUAUAGAGAGGGAGUUACUGCUCACUCCAUGGAACCUAUCCCACAACUAUGUAUCUAGUAUGACCCACGGGAAGGGGGGGUUAGAGAAGCUGGAGAUUAGCGGAGCUGGGGACCCUUCAGGCCGUGGCCUGGCGUUUUCCUUUCUCAAGAUUCAGCACAAGCAGCCAGGAGCAGAGAAAAUCAAGGUGGUGGAAAAGCGGGCGGCGCAGGCUCGGGGAGGGGCGGCGGUGACAGGCACGGACGCGGACCUGCGCAGGCUCGGGAUGGAGGCGGCUCGGGAGGUGCUGCUGAAGCUAGGGGUGGCAGACGAGCAGAUUCAGAAGAUGGGGCGAUGGCACAGGAUAGCUCUGGUUCGGAAGCUGUCUUCAGAGCAAGCGGCCGCUGCUGCAGGGAAGAGUGGUGACUCUGUCGCUGCGUUGAAUAAGUUUGCAAGGGGGCAACGCAUGUCGUUCUCCCAGCUGCAGAUGCAGACACGGAGCAAGUGCCAGGAGGUGUGGGAGAAACAGUGGGCAGGGCAUGCAUGUGUGUGCACAGUGCACCACCACCACCAGUUCACCAUGGCUGGUUGGCUGGACAGCACAGUGGUGGUCAAAGAGGACAUCAUCACGGAUCCACAGCUGGUAUGUGGGUGGAUGGAGCCUGUAGUGUGCUCACGUGUGUGUGUAUCAUCAGCUUCACCACACCGAUGUUUGCUGGACGGCACAGUGGUGGUCAAGGAGAACAGCAUCGCGGAUCCACAGCUGGUCAAGGAGAACAGCAUCGCGGAUCCACAGCUGGUCAAGGAGAACAGCAUCGCGGAUCCACAGCUGGUCAAGGAGAACAGCAUCGCGGAUCCACAGCUGGUCAAGGAGAACAGCAUCGCGGAUCCACAGCUGGUCAAAGAGAACAGCAUCGCGGAUCCACAGCUGGUCAAAGAGAACAGCAUCGCGGAUCCACAGCUGGUCAAGGAGAACAGCAUCGCGGAUCCACAGCUGGUCAAGGAGAACAGCAUCGCGGAUCCACAGCUGGUCAAGGAGAACAGCAUCGCGGAUCCACAGCUGGUCAAGGAGAACAGCAUCGCGGAUCCACAGCUGGUCAAGGAGAACAGCAUCACGGAUCCACAGCUGAUAUGUGGGUUUUGUCUGUUCUGA